AUGGGUUCUUGUAGUGGUUAACCUAAGAGAGCAGCUCAUCAAAAAACGGAGAGUCUGACUACUUUUCAUAAGACUCAGGAGGUUUCAACAAUUAAAUCAAACAAAAGUUUUAAGAAAUAGAGAACAGAUUUUAAGGUUGCUCCAAGCAUAUUUGUGUCCCAAAAAGCUGGGGAUAUAUGCUAAUAUUAUGAGAUAGAAUCUACUUUAGGUGAAGGUAAGAAGAUUGUUGAUCUAAAGGAACUUUUGGGCGAGUGAGUUUGGUUAAGCAGAAAUCAACCAAAAUUCUCAGGGCGAUGAAAUAGAUUGCUAAGGACAGGAUCUUAGCCAGUCAAAGGGAAAAGAUGAUUCAAGAAGUAAAUAUAUUGAAAGGUCUUGAUCAUCCAAACAUAGUGAAUAUUUAUGAGCUUUAUCAAGAUGAACGCUAUUAUUACUUGAUAACUGAGUAAAUAGAGAUGAUUAAUCAAGAUAUUUGAGUGGAGGAGAGUUGUUCGAUCGAAUCUAAUAACGGAACAAUUUAAAUGAGAGCAUGGCUGCUAAUUAUAUGAAAUAAAUAUUAAGUGCUGUGAAUUAUUGUCAUUUGAGUAACAUAGUUCAUAGGUACUAAGUAAAUUAGGAUUAGGGACUUAAAACCAGAGAACAUAUUGUUUGCUUAAAGGGGAUCCGAACAAACCCUUAAAAUCAUUGAUUUUGGGACUGCCAAGUAGGUCCUCUCGAACACUCAACUGAAACAAAAGACUGGAACACCCUAUUAUAUAGCUCCCGAAGUGAUAGAUUAGAAUUACAACAACAAGUGCGAUCUCUGGUCAUGUGGAGUAAUAAUGUACAUCAUGAUGUGUGGCAAGCCUCCAUUUAAUGGAACCAACAUAGAAGAACUAUACCGAAGUAUAAAAAGUGGAAUUGUUGAUUUUACUGGUAAUUUUAGAAUAUAAAAAGAUGAGUAGGUUCGGAAUGGCAAGAUGUUUCGUAGGAUGCUAAGUCUUUUAUUUCUAAGCUCUUAGUAGUAGACCCUGCCAAGCGAAUUUCAGCAGAACAAGCAUUAAAAGAUCCUUGGAUUGUAAGCAAUAAAAGAGAGGAAAAAAUCAAUAUAAAAAAUUUAGAAAAUCUUUCUUAAUUUCAUGUAUUUUGACUAGUUUAAUGUAAUUAAGAAUAGUAGCAAAUUGGGUUCAGCGAUUUUGCAAUUGAUUUCAACUCAGAUAAUGACUUCGAAGGAGAAGAAGGAAUUGAUACAAGGGUUUAGUGCCAUUGAUAAAAAUGGUGAUGGUAAAUUGAGUAAAGAAGAAUUAAUUUAAUGUAAACAAUAAGUUCAAUUGUAUUAGGUUACAUGGAUUUAUAUCAGGAUGAAAUAAAAUGCAAUUACAUAGUGAAUAAGAUCUUCAAGUACUCGGAUGUCGAUCGCUCAGGAACCAUAGAAUAUACCGGUAAAGAUGGUUAAUAAUAACAAGAGUUUAUUGUGGCGUAUUCGGAGUUGUCAAAUUUAAUGGCUCAAGAGAAGCUUGAAAAGGCUUUUAAGCUAUUUGACAAGGAUGGGAAUGGAACCAUUAGUAAAUAGGAACUUCAAGAGAUAUUCGGUGGAUUAGCCUUGUAGGAAAACCAAUGGGAAAAUGUUUUUUCUGAAUUGGACACCAAUGGGGAUGGGAUGGUGACAUUCUAAGAAUUUACACAAUUACUGAUGAAAGACAACAAUAAAUGA